AUUAGUAGGAGAGCGUCAGUUCGAAAGUCAAGUCCAAGCCAGGACGUACAAUAAAAUGAAUAGUGAAAUAAAAUCUAUUUUUAAAGUAAUUGUAAUAGGUGAGAUGGGUGUCGGAAAAACAUCGCUGGUAAAGAGGUACGUAGAGCGACGCUUCAGCAUACCAGAAAUCGGCACAGUCGGAGUCAACUUUUGCACCCAAGAUGUUGAGGUUGAUGAUCGCGUAAUCACACUCCAGAUCUGGGACACUGCGGGUCAAGAACGCUUUGUAUGUCUCAGUAGUUGCAUCUACCGAGGUGCUGACUGCUGCAUCCUUGUAUUCGACGUUACUUCACGCAUAUCCUUCCAAGCACUAGACACGUGGCGCGACGAGUUCCUCAUACAAGCUUGUCCUCGCGAUCCUGUGCAUUUCCCCUUUAUGGUGCUUGCCAACAAGGUAGAUCUGGACAACCGUAUUGUGUCUAAUCGUGAAGUGAAAGAAUGGUGCCGACGGAGUAAUAAUAUACCCUAUUAUGAAACGUCUGCUAAGAACGGCUGUAACUUGGAUUUGGCAUUUAAGACUUUAUCUAGGAAGGCUUUGCAGCUGGAUGAAGAUUCAAACUCUUCUUCUAAUGUGACAACCUGUUCAGAUACGAUCAUUCGAUUAUCAUCACCGCUACGUAAUCAUCCUAAAAAAUCUAACUGUCCGUGUUAAGUUAAUAACAGUAGAUCGUAAAUAAAUAAUAAGAUAAUACGGUGGGAGCCAAUAUUUA